UAAACUUCUUUAAGCGAGAAAGCAUUAUAUCUCUAUUCCUGGACGUACAGGUGGUAUAUGGUCAGUUGGAAAUGUAGUAAUAUGACAUGAGUUGAGCAGUUUAGUGUUUGGAAUAAUUUAAGAAAUUGAAAAAAUUAAUGUGUUGAAGUGUCGAUUAACGAUCGCCUAAACAAGUUAUUAUCUAUGUGUACAUCUUGUCAGUCUCGUUAAACAGGUCGUGCGGAAUAGAUCACAUUGUUAAAAUAGUUUUCGUAAAAGAAAUCCAUCAAACUUUUAGGCACACGUCAUUAGCAUUCAUACAAAUGUGUACACAACAACGAUGAUUUGUGUUGAUUUCUGUGAAAUGAAGUGGUUGUAGCCAGCGUUCAAUGAAUUUACAUUUUGUUUUUAGUGUAAAUAAAAUUAUGUAAAUUCGUAAGCGAAUUUUGGAAGAUUAAUACAAAUACGCAAAAAGAAAGACCGACUGUGCUUGAUACACUGUGCUCCGGGAUUCUGAAUUCGAAUAUUAAAAAUGGAAUUUCACUGGAUUUCAUAUGUGGUGUGUGUGAUAUUGUGCGUCCAUGUGGAUCGAUCUGUGCAACAAAAUAUACCACCGAGUCCGUGUCAAAAUAUGUUUCAAUAUGUGCGCGAAUAUGACUGGAUCGGAUUGGCAGAAGUGCCAAGUUUACCAUUAGGACAGGCGAUGAAAUUGGAAGUUAUGCUGAGUCUUCGGGCCAAAUUACCUUCGCAAUAUGUUGGAUCAGUCGAACUUUACGGAUCAAGGGAGGAUGCGAUACAAGAAAUCCGAUCGAAUGGACCCGUUCGAUACAGAAUACGUUUUCCCUUGCAAAAACCGUUGCCAAAACUAACUCAAUUAUCACUCAAUGGGCAAGUGUAUUGUUCAGGACCACCAGAAACUGGUUCCUACGUUACCCAGAUCAAACUCGAACAUACUUUGUUCACUGAGGUAGCGGCUGGACAUGGUGUAAGUGUUUUUGACAACACUAUAUACCCUCAAGACCCCUAUCUUGUAUACAAUAAUCAGGACUAUUAUUAUUCUAACACUUAUAAGACGCGACCUACUGCCCCAGGGAGACAGCCACAAUAUCAAACGCAGUAUCCAACGCAGCCAGACUAUCCAACACAGUCACAGUAUCCAACACAGUCACAAUAUCCAACACAAUCACAGCUUCCAACACAGUCACAGUAUCCAACACAGUCGCAGUAUCCAUCAAAGCCACAACCAAUCUAUCCGACACAACCGGAGCAACAACCCAACUUUAUUAGUCCAGCAACGAUUGAUUCAUCACAGGUCGAAUGUGGCAAGCCUCAUCCUAAAAGCAAUUUUGUAUCAUUGGUCGUUGGUGGUACAGGUGUACCACGUGGGGCAUGGCCAUGGUUGGUGGCCAUUUAUUUGGUGAAACCAAUUGGUCCGACAUUUAACUGUGGCGGAAAUCUAGUGUCUCCAAGAACUGUCGUUACAGCGGCACAUUGUUUCCGAACAUCCGAUCGAACGUACCAAGCUAACGAAAUUACACUGUUCUUGGGUCGACACAACAUUCUCAAUUGGAAUGAAGCUGGAUUCAAGGCAGCCCAAGCAGAACAGAUUAUCAUCCAUCAAGACUACAUGCUAAAGGAUACAUCUUAUGACGCUGACAUUGCACUGGUCAUAAUGACGGAGAGAGUCGAAUACACUGAAUUCAUUCGACCGAUUUGUUUGUGGGAAAUUUCUGACAGUGUGAACAACGUUGUCGGCCAAAGGGGAACGAUCAUUGGCUGGGGUCGAGAUGGUAGUGGAACAAUUGUCACGCCUGAGCCGAAGAAAAUCGAUAUGCCGAUUGUGUCGGAAGCGGAAUGCUUAAGAUCGAGCGACACCUAUCGAUACAUUACCAGUCAACGAACAUUUUGUGCGGGAGAACGUAACGGCCAAGGGCCGUGUAAUGGUGAUUCGGGCGGUGGCAUGACGUUCAAAAUUAAUAACAAAUGGAUGCUGCGUGGUAUAGUGUCAGCGGCUUUGGCUGAUCCUAUUGUGAAUACAUGCAAUUUGGGAGAGUAUGUUGUGUUCACAGAUGCGGCGAAAUUUGUUGGUUGGAUUAGAGCAUACAUGCGUUAGAAGAAAAAAUAGAAAAAAUAAAUUGUUGACAAGAAUGGAAAGGCAACGUAACGCUUUAGGACAAAGUUGAACUACGGAAAAUCGACUGACUGAACUUUCGAACAAAAUUUAUUUAUUUCGACGAUUUGUCCGCAAGCAAAUAAAAACGCAGUUGAUUCAACGAAGUCA